AUGUAUGACUGGGGCGCGCCGGCUUCUGUCCCUUACCAUGGAGACGGCGCAAUCACACAUGCGUUAAGCAGCCGACGGUCAUCAGCUAAGCUGCUACCCACCGCGACCACUAGCAACCUGGCCCUGCUUGGUUGUUCCACAUGCUCACUGCGCCAUGUGUUGGCACAUGGGUCGGAGAUCUUGCUAUUGGUUCCAUCUAGGAUGACACUUCACACAUUUGCGGCUGAGCAUUCAGCGUGGUUGAUAAAAAAGGCAGGCUCAUCCCACUGCGAAACUGCGACUGCUAAUGAUCAACAGAUUCUAUCAAGAAGAUACUGGAAUACUACUUUCUCUUUUUGGAAAUUUUGCCGAAGCGCCAAGAAGAAGUGUGAACCAGUCGAUCGAGUGUGGCCAAGCCAGAAAUGUAGCAGGUGCAUCGAGAUGGAUUUACCUUGCUCAGAGAACCAGAGAGCUGGCGGCAGACGUGGGAGACCAACCACUAGCCCUAUGGUUGGAGUCUCUGGGUCUAUAUCAAAUAAAGCUGACUUUGAGGAGUUUCUCAACUUGUCCCUACGCGUUGAGUGGCUAAGGCAGCUUUCGCUAUUCAGUUGCUUUACUGAUUCUGUUCUUGGAAAAAUGGUCGAAUUCGACGAUUCAGCAGAGCAUGCAGAGUGUCUCGAAUCACUGGAAUAUCGAAUUCGCAAAGAGCGGCUGGAGAUUGACCGCGAUGUAGACAGACUUUCACGGCGAUUAGCAUCCACUGGCGACAAUUUUGCAGCACUAUCCACUUCGUCGCUUCUCCUUAGGCAUGGAAUCCUUUCCCAAAGGGAUGUAACAUACGUGGAUCCCGAUCGUAUUUCUUCUCGUGUUGAGCAGUCACUAGGACUUGGUGAUUUUGGAACAGCCUUAAUGAUGCAAGAAAGCAUUCUUCUUUGCCCAGAUUGUUCGAUAUGGAUUGAAACAUUUGAUAUCGUCGAGGAAGUGCAACGGUACUUUAAAAUCCAAAACGAUUUCAUACAUCGCCUGAGAAGUUCCUACAAGCCGGAUGCUCCACUCAUUCCUCCUGGACACUUCCUGUUGGCUUUAACAAAGAACUCUUGUUUUCUACAAACAGUUGUCGAUCUUCAGUCGCCACAGGAGAAAGAUCAUUUAGGACGAUCUCUGUUACAUGUUGCUCUGGACUAUAAUUGCGUGGAGGAAGUCCCGUGGUUGCUUGAUAGGAGCUAUUCUAUCAACGAGAGAGAUCGUUUGGGUCGUUCAGCCCUACAUCUUGCUUGUUUCAACGGAUCCACAGAUGUGGUGGAGACUCUGCUUAAGAAUGGAGCGGAUAUUACUGCCACAAAUGAAGGUUUGCAUCCUCUGCACUUUGCAGCUGCAAAUGGAUGCAUGUCUAUUGUGGAGCUGCUUCUUACCAAAUACGACAUUGAUCCAGACUCUGGAGAUUACUGUAAUCGGACUCCCCUCGAAUAUGCGGUCCAAAGUGGCUCUUGCGAAGUGGUCAACCUGUUACUCACAACAUACAACGUUGAUCCAAAUCCCGUGAAUCUCCUUGAUAGAACACCACUAUUAUAUGCGGCUAAAAAUGGCAAUAUGGCAUUAGUCAAAUCAUUGCUUGCAAGAAAUGUUGAUCCUGAUUCUAAGGAUGAUUGUGAUCGGACACCACUUUCAUAUGCAUCAGAGUAUGGGCAUACAACUAUAGUUGAGCUGUUGCUUAAUACCAACCAUGUUAAUCCUAAUUCAGGGGAUUAUCAUGGUCAGACGCUACUUUUACAUGCAGCAAUAGAUGGGCAUACAGCUGUAGCCAAGCUGUCGCCUGAUACCAACUGUAUUAAUCCAAACUGCAAGGAUCAUGUUGGUCGGACACCACUUUCA